AUCAUCCACCACACCUUCCGGAUCUAUUCCGCACCAGCAAGUCAAGCAUCCUCUUACCGGAAGUAUCAGGCAACACAAAACAAAUAGACCUGCUGGUCCUGCUGGACAAUUGACCCUUGUCAACACCGUCCGAUUAUCCGAUUAUCCGAUUAUCCGCCUGCUUGCUGUAUAGAUCUACUACCGUCAUGUCGACUCUCACCAGAGCUUUCACCAGGCGCAGCAAGCGCCCCGAGGUCUCUGCGCCAAUGCCUUACCGAGAGGGGCAUACCAAAUUCAGUGCAGGCACUAUCAACCGAGGCAAGAUUUCUGCGCCCGUCGAGUUGCUGUCGACCACGAAUAUGCUUGCCUACAAUGCACCGGACCUCCACUCUGCGACCUCCUCCUCAACAUCCUCGAUUCAGUCGCCGGAUGACUCCGAUUUUUCCUUCACGCAGCGAAGCUUCGGGUCGCCUGUCACAACGCCGGGCGAGUCUCCCAUUGAUGCCGAUCCCGCUCCUCUAUCGGCCUACUUUCCGAAACGCUCGGCGACUGUCAGUAGCCACACUCCUCGUUCAUCGACAUCCACUACGGCUUCGGCGGAAGCACCUUUGGUCCCCAAGCGGGCCCUCUCCCACACGAAGCGCUCGCAUCAAGAGCUGGCCCGCAAGCGUUCUGUGUCGCGGCUUUCACCUCCGCCGUUGAAUUCGAUCCGCAGCACGCCCGCCACCCGCCAGGGUUCCGAGACCUACCACAUGGAACCCCAUCCUUUCAGCAAAGAACUUGAACAAGUGAAUGAAGUCGUAGAGGAGUUUGGCGGGACGCGCGUGCUGGAUGAGGAAGAAUUGAUCUUGCGAGACAAGGGGCUGAUGAAGUUCACCGUCGAUGAGUAUCUGGUGGAAAUUGAAGAUCUUUAUGGCAGCAUCUUUGAUGAUCGGCUCGGCCCAAUCGCCUCUGGCACUUGGCUUUAAAGAGUUGGCACUUUUGAUUGUUGUUACAUUUCUCCUUCCUCCGACGGCGCU